UUUGCUAUAUUGCUAAGCGAAAUGCAGAAAGUAACAUUCUUAGUGCUGUGCGGUUUAACCGCAAUCUUGGCCGUGCCUACGUCCAAGGUGGGAUCCAGAAUCGUUGGAGGCGAAGAAGCUGUUCUUGGACAGUUCCCAUACCAGGUUGCCAUCAGAUACGACUACUGGCAUCUUUGCGCUGGAUCCAUCCUAGAUGAGACCACCAUCCUCACCGCCGGACACUGCGUCAAGGAUUCUCAUCCAUCCGAGAUGACUGUCGUUGCUGGAACCAUCCACCUUACCGGAGAAGCUCAAGAGAGGAGGAUCAAGAGCGUCAGGUUGCACGGAAAGUUCGCCGUCUCUUUGGAGAACGACAUUGCUAUCUUGAAGCUGUCCGAUCCAUUGCAAUUCAACGAGUACGUAAAACCCGUUGAAUUGCCAACCGCCUCCAUCAAAGCCAACAGCGAUGUUGUGUUGAGCGGAUGGGGUCUCACCAGCUACCCAGGAAGCGUUCCCGACGGUCUCAGGUUCAUCAGACUGAAGACCAUGGACAGCGAGACCUGCAAUCGUAUGCAAAGCUGGGAAGUCUUCGGCUCCCAAGUCUGCACCAUGACCAAGGCCGGAGAGGGAGUCUGCCAAGGCGAUUCCGGCGGCCCAUUGGUCGAUGUCAACGACUUCACCCAAGUGGGUAUCGUCUCCUGGGGUACCAUGUGUGCUGUCGGAGACCCAGACGUCUACACCAGCGUCUACCACUUCUUGGACUGGAUCGAAGAGAACAGACUGUCCGGCGGUGAGGAUGGUGGUCGCGUCGAGGAUGGAACCUCCGCAGAGAUGCCAGUUGUCGUAUCUGAUGGCAACUUGGUAUGGGAACUGACCAAGGGUGGCUGCGGAACCACCGAUGACUCUGGAUCCCAACUUGGUUGGAGGAGCCGAAAUAGUUGUAGAGUACAGUUUUCAUUAACUAUAUCCAUCAUGAUUGCUCAACUAGCGAUCGCGUUUAUCGUGGCUUGUCUGCAGUUGACUUCUGCUCAAGAAGGUAGGAUUGUGGGAGGAUACAGUGCUGGCGUUGGACAGUUUCCUCAUCAGAUCUCUUUGAGAUACGGAGGACUUCACGUCUGCGGCGGAGCACUCCUCGAUGAAUUCACCGUUUUGACUGCAGCUCACUGCGUUAUCAACUACAACCCAGGCAGUUUGACCGUUAUCGCUGGUACUCUUUACCUUUCGCAAGGCGGACAAAGCAGCGAUGUCAGCCACUACAUAGUGCACGAGCAGUACAACCAGGCUUGGUCUCAGCACGACGUCGCCAUUAUCAAACUGAGGUCCGGAUUUCAUUUCGAUGGAACCAUUGCAGCCGUUCCAUUGCCGUAUUCGGAUAUCGACGAAGAUAUUGAUGUAACUGUGAGCGGUUGGGGUAUGACCACUUUUCCAGGAAACUAUCCCGAUCGUCUUCAAUACAUCGACGUGAGGACGUUGAGCGUUCCCAAAUGCCAGCAGUUGCAAACGGCAAAGCCCGUGAUCAGCUCGCAGCUCUGCACUUUCACCGGUUACGGACAGGGAGUGUGCCAUGGUGAUUCCGGUGGUCCUCUGGUCGACACCUAUGGAUAUCUUGUCGGAAUUGUCAACUGGGGAAUCCCGUGCGGCGUCGGCGUUCCCGAUGUCUUCCUGAGGGUAUACUCUUACUUGGACUGGAUCGAAUCGGAAUUAGAAGAGCUUGCUGCGUUUACCAACCGCCCAGAAAUAAGUUUUCGUGCCCGUUUGGAAAAAAGUCUGGGGUCCAAUAGAGGUAAAAGAGUGGGUACCAACUGGGGCGGCGAGGCCACAUCCUGGGGGAUGGAAGCAGUCCGCAACAAUUCACUGAUGGUGGAGAACAUCGCCAAGUACAAUUACACGAUGCUAGUGCUGCUCAAAUCCGCCGUUCCCCAGCGAUAA